CACAAUUAUGUUAACGUAUCAACUGCUUAAUUUUAACACCAUUUGCAUGUUAAAUGUGUUAACUUGUUAAGAUUGAUACUGAGCCCGGCACUAAGCUAGUCAGCUAAUGCUAGCUAGCUAACUAAUAUCCCCGACCAUGAGCUCACUAAGCUACUUCUCCCCUGCUAAAGAAGAUGAGGUCUGCUGGACGCAGAAAGAAGCUCUGGGGCUGAACAUUGUCGUAAAAGAGUAUGAUAUUACAGUGAAUGGAGAAGAAGAAGCUUUCCAAAUGAAAAAGGAGGAAGAGGAGGCUAUCACAUUGAAAGAAGAGGAGGAGCAUUUUGGAGUGGAGGGAGUAAUGGCUAUCACAGUGGAAAAAGAGGAAGAAGCUUUCAGAAUGAAAAAGGAGGAAGAGGAGGUAAUCACAUUGAAAGAAGAGGAUGAUAUUACAGUGAAAGGAAAGAAUGAAACUUUAGGAGUGAAAGAGGAAGAAGUGAUACAGGCUGUCACAGUGGAAGAGGAGGUAGAAGCUUUCAGAAUGAAAAAGGAGGCAGAGGAGGCUGUUAGAGUGAAAGACGAACAUUUUUGGGAGGAAGACAAGCCUAUCUCAAUAAAAGUGAAGGUAGAAGACGUUCUGGGAGUGAAAGAGGAGGAGACAGAAKAUCUGAUUAACACCAGAGAGAGAUGUGACUAUCCUGGAUCCUCUGGGGAGCCUCAACAACAUCCUGAUGCUGACGAGGAAGAGAAGAUUCUCUCCAGAUCAGAACACCAGAUGGACAACGCUAGCCCUUCCUCCCUCCCGGAGUCCCUGUGUCAUGCCUCUCCCGGUAGCGCCUUACUGCUGGGUAUGAAGAGGUUGUCUGUGUUGCUGGUGGACUGCAGGAAAACAAUGGGGCUGAGUGGAACUGUGAGAGGAGGAGAAGAGAAGAAAGGAUCAGAUUUGACACAUCAAAGAGAGAGAUCAGACUCUCACGUUGACAGCGGUAAGAGUCCUUCAGGGGAUCCAGACCCAGCGACGUCCAAACCAGCUGGACUACACCACUGCUCCCAGUGUGGAAAGAGUUUUAACCAUUUAGGGAACCUGAAAACGCACGGGAGGACACAUACAGGAGAGAAGCCGUACCACUGCUCCCUGUGUGGAAAGAGAUUCACCCAUUCAGGGAGCUUGAAAGCACACACGAAAAUACACACAGGGGAGAAGCCUUAUCACUGCUCUCAGUGCGGAAAGAGAUUUAUCCAGUUAGGGAACCUGGAAUCACAUGAGAGAACUCACACAGAAGUAAAGAGGCUUUUCCACUGUUCUCAUUGUGAAAAGACUUUUAAGAAUUUAGGGAACCUGAAAGUGCAUGAGAAAUGCCAUACAGGGGGGAARCUUUUCCGCUGCUCCCAGUGUGGAAUGAUAUUUACCCAGUUUAGGCACCUGACAGACCACGAGGUAACACACACAGGGAAGAUGCCUUACCACUGCKCCCAGUGUGGAAAGACAUAUUUCACGUCACAUGCACUUAGUCUU